AAUUUUCUCCAGUUCUAUACAAUCUAUUCUCAGUUCAACAUAAAAUAAAGUUUCUCAGUAUCAUUUCUUAAUUGUAAAUGAUUGUCUAGACUGCUGAAGAAACAGCGACAGGGUCACAUGACACCUGUUACUUUUCUCAGCGCUGCACUAAACGGACCAAUCACAAUCGUUAGCAGUUACUAUCAAGAUUGCUUUAAAACAGCAUUCUUCUGAAGCGGUUUCCACUCAUAUGUCAGGAAUCAAUCUCGGACAUUUGCAGAUUUAAAAGAUGAUACUUUCUAAUCUACGAAUGUCUCCAGUAAGACAAAAAACGUCAUGACAUUUGAAUGAGCCUCAAUGGGGACUCGCCCUUCUGAGUCACCUAGCGACCCCUGGAGGAACAGACAUAUCGCAACUAGUACACUAACAUUGGAGCACUUAUUCGCCUUUGCUGAUAGUGAAACUAUGCGGUAAUCGACCAUACGCCGCCCAGACAGCCUCCAGCUAAUGAGCGAUCAUCUGAAGAACAAGUUAAUGCAUUCACUCGGACUCCAUACUUGCGUUUUUGUUACUGUACCAGCAUGAAUUCAGCGGGACUGCUGUGUGAAACCGAGCGACCGCGACACCGUCCUUUCCUGAUCGGGGUGAGCGGAGGAACGGCCAGCGGAAAGUCCACAGUGUGUGCAAAAAUCAUGGAGCUGUUGGGUCAGAAUAAGGUGGAUCAUCACCAGAGGAAGGUCACUAUCGUAAGCCAGGACAGUUUCUACCGGGUUCUCACUCCAGAACAGAAGGCCAAAGCUUUGAAAGGCCAGUACAACUUUGACCAUCCAGAUGCGUUUGAUACGGAGUUAAUGUGUCAGACGCUGAAGGACAUCGUAGAGGGAAAGGUGGUGGAGGUUCCCACGUAUGACUUCGUCACCCAUUCCAGGCUGCCAGAGAAGAUAUGUGUGUAUCCCGCUGAUGUGGUGCUGUUUGAGGGCAUUCUGGUGUUCUACACACAGGAAGUCAGAGACAUGUUCCACAUGAAGCUGUUUGUGGACACAGACUCAGACGUACGGCUGUCUCGCAGAGUUCUGCGCGACAUGAGAAGAGGUCGAGAUCUGGAACAGAUCCUCACGCAGUACACCACCUUCGUUAAACCAGCCUUUGAAGAGUUCUGCCUUCCGACCAAGAAAUAUGCAGAUGUCAUAAUACCUCGUGGAGUUGAUAACAUGGUGGCAAUAAACCUGAUUGUGCAGCAUAUUCAGGACAUCCUCAGUGGUGACAUCUGCAAAUGGCAGAGGGCUUCUGUCAAUGGGCACGUCAGUGGGCGGAGUCUAAAGAGGGGCGUGGCCGAACACUGCGAGAAAUCUAGCGGAGGCGGGAACAUGCCGGCGAAACGCCCCCUACUGGAGCCCAGCACACGACCACAUUAACACACACAGAAGAGAGUCACACGAUCAAAAAACCCCAAAGCUUGAAUUUUCUGCAUGCUUCCAACACACAAUCUCCGUCAGACUCUCUUUUCGAAGAAUUAAAAGGAAUAUUUUUUGCACAAAUUUGAAUUUGAUGAAAAUGAUCACACCCUCAGGCCAUCCAAGAUGUAAAUGGGUUUGUUUCUUCAUCAGAUUUGGAGAAAUGCA